UUAAUGAUUAAAAAUUUAAAAACACUUGUAAUGGCACGUAAACGAUUAAAGAAAGAUAUAACUGAUAAAAAUAAACUGAAAGAAUUUGAUUUAUCAUAUUUUAAAAAUUCAAUUGCGUUUAUUGAGAAAAACAUUUCCGUAUUGAGAAGUCAAAUUAAUUCGGAAUUAGAACGAUUAAAAUUUGAUGAAAAUGAUAUCAAUACAGAUCUGAAUAAAAUCUUAUCCAAAAAUGAUUUAUUUGAAACAACUGACGAUGUGAAAAAAGAUUCGAUAGCAAAAAAACACUUGAGUAAAUCAACUAAGAGUAGUUCUAAGGAAAUAUCAAAAUUUCUGGAUUUUGUCCAUGAGAAAGGUGGUCAUGAAGGUGGUUGGGGUGUGGAUGAUCAUGGAAUAUUUUUAAAAUAUUACAGACAACAUGAAAAAGAUAUUGUGACAUUAAUUAAAGUUUUAUCAAAUUUCUUACCAGAAAAAACGGACGAAUCUAUAAUAGAACAUGUGGAAUGGUUUAUGGAAUAUGAGAACAAAAAAGAGAAAUAUAAAAAUGCUAUACGAAAUUGGAGACAAAGUAAAACUGUUAAACGUACUAUUGAAAUUAAUUUCACCGAUAAUACGACUAUUAUGAAACCAGAACCUGUGAAACAAGAAAAAAUAUCACCGAAAAAUGAUGAUAAAAUUUUGAAGGCUAAAAUUAAAGAGUGGAAGGAAAGUAAAACCAAAAAACUUGAAGAAGAAAAACAAAUUGUAUCGCCACCACAAUCUGUUUAUGGCAAAAGUAAAAUCGUAACAGAAAAUGAUCGUAUGAAAAUUAAAGUGAAAAUUGCCAAUUGGAAACAAACAAAAUUAAUCGAAAAACAAAAACAAGAGGAAGAACAAAGAUACGUUCAAGAUAUAGAAAAAGAAAUACGUACAAUUGAAUCAAAAAAAUUAAUUAAAGAAUUUCAAGAUCAAGAUAUGAAUUUUAUACGACGUCGUCAGCAAUUAAAAACGUUAACGAAAAAAAUUCAACCGUUACGUACCCGUAGUUUAACGGUACCAAAUGUAAUGCGUGACCCGGAUCGUAUUCAUCGGGCUACCAAACAAUGGCUUGCGAAAACACAACAGGAACGUUCUCAAUCGGAAAUUGUGACACGUAAUAAUAUUCAAGUGUUAUCCGUGAAUCAUAUUCCUAAGUUGCGUAAACCAGAAUGGAUUGGAGUCUUGCCAAGUAUUAUGUACCAUUAAAUUUAAAAUUCGGUUUUUGUGCAAAGUGCAAUUUCUAUUUUACUCAUAAAUAUUUUCGAAAAUUUUACAUAUCCAAUAAAAAUUUUUUCUCUGAGAAAAAAAGUAACGUGCAACUUGGCAAGGCAAGGUGUAUCAACGAUUUUUAAAGAGUCAGAGGAUUUUUUCAGGUUUUUGAGAUUAGUUUUAGGUACAAAGAAGCGUUUUGGGCAAGCAUGGAGAAACGUCAUUUAUGCUUCUUAAAAUAAACGACAUUGAAUGAGUUACUGCGUUCAGUCUUGUUUUUGAUAGUGUUUUGAACUACUCAACAGAAACCAGUUAGCAAGACAUCUUCAAGGUACCAGCGCACAAACUUUUUGUGAUGAAAUUGUGGUUCGACUCACGCGCACGCUCAAUCAGUAAUUGCAAAUGGAACAAACUAUAUUUUUUAAUAAAAUUUUAUAACAAAUUUUUUUGUA